AUGACAGCUCCGGCACGUCACAUCAGCAUUGUAGGGGGAGGCAUCAUCGGUGUCACUUCGCUCUACUAUCUCUCUCGCGCUUUGUCUCAUCUGCCAGCAGGCAGUACCUUGAAUCUGUACGAAGCAGGUCAAGAUGUAGCACCUGCAGCGAGCGGCAAGAGUGGAGGCUUUUUGGCUUUAGAUUGGCAUGGUGCCGCAACUGCCGACCUAGCAGAGCUCAGUUUCAGACUGCAUAAAGAGCUUGCUGACGAAUUUAGCGGAAGAGAAAAAUGGGGCUAUCGAGAGGUUGAGGUGAGUCUUUCUCUACGCUUGUCUGCCGUAUCCUUUCCACCCAUCUGACUGACCCCUUGCAUGCUGCGUGCUACUCGCUAGACCCUCUCUGUGAAAUUUGAUUCGACGAAGUCGCGGUCAAAGGGCCCGGCUAGUCUGGACUGGGUAGACGGAAAGCAUGUCUCUUCUUCCUCGAAGAUGGGUGGCAAUGGCACGACAGCUCAGGUGACUCCCAGACCUUUGGUACAACAUUUGGCCAGCGAAGCCCUGAAGGUGUCUGGCGUAAGCAUACACAAGGCAACUCGAGUUGUUGCAGCAGAGCUUGAUGCUGCCAGUGGAAGGGUGAAGCAGAUCAAGGUGCGAAACGCAGACGGAAGCGAAGAGAGUGCCGAGAGCACAGAUUUGAUCAUCGCGGCUGGGUAAGUGUCAUUCUGACAAAGAGGUUGCGAGAGCUCAGCGCUGAGCAAUCCUGGCGGCCUGAUUCCACUACACAGACCUUGGACAGGCGCACUAGCGUCAUCGCUAUUCUCCAAUUCUGAAGCUGGCUUGCCGUCUCUGCUCAGAAAAGCAAAGAAGAUUGGUGGCAGUCGAGCACACAGCGUGGUCAUUCAAGGUUCGAGGCCCACGACCGCUCACUGCCUUUUUACCGACAUGCGGUACGGUAACAAAGCGGCUGCGCCGGAAGUGUAUGCUCGCGAGGAUGGUACGGUGUACAUAUGCGGCGGUGCGUAUAUGUGUUCCAUCACCUCCCCUCGCCGGCAUUACGCUGACGCUUUUGUUCUGAUAUUCUGCAGGUUCAGACGACGUGAUUUUGCCAGAGAACGAAUCAGAUGUCAUUCCAGAUCUCAAAGCAACAGCGAAGUUGAUCGAACAAGCAGCCGUCCUCUCGCCAGACGUUCUCAACGUCGACAAGGGCGCCAAAGUCAAAGCCGAGCAAGCUUGUUACUUGCCAAUCAGUGAAGGGACUGGAUCACCCGUUAUCACUGGUGAUGCCAAGAGCGGAAUCUACGUUGCGGCGGGCCAUUCAUGCUGGGGCAUCACGCUAGGCGGUAAGUCUGCGAUUGAAAGCCUGCAUGCAACAAGAAUGCUCAUUCGUGCAAUGACCACCAUGCGUAUCGCAGUUGGCACUGGAAAGGUCGUUCAGGAACUGGUCACGGAUGGGAAAGUUAGCAGCGCGGACAUCCGAAUGCUGCAAUGA